AUAAAUAUGUCAACUAAUAUAUAUCAUAUCUUGGAUGACCUUGUUAAAAUGGUAGUUCGUGCAUUUUAUCAAGAUGACCAUGCAGUUGUUAUAGAUGGUCUAUUAAGAGAAAAGAAACGUAUUAAAGAUGAAGAUUUAGCAAGAAAGUUAAGAAUUAAUCAAAAGCAUGUUAGAAAACUAUUAAUGGAGUUAAAAGGUGACUCUAUGGUCAAAUCUAUGGAUGUUAAAAUUGAAGCAAAGGGACCACAUGAACGUGGUCAAACAGUUUUAUUAUGGUAUAUUGAUUAUAAAUUAAUUAUUGAUAUUGUUAAAUAUAAAUUUUAUAUGAUCAGAAAGAAAAUGGAAUCAAUUAAACUUCAAAAGAUUGAUAUACCAACUUAUAGAUGCGUUCAAUGUAAUACAUCAUUUACAGCUUUAGAUGUACCAAAACUUUUAUCAAUGGAAACAGGUGCUUUAGAGUGUGAUGUUUGUAGUGGUUCAAUUGAAGAAGAUCAAAACAAUGAAUCCCUAACUCAAACUGCUAAACAUCAAUCAGAUUUAUUGGGUCAAUUAAAAAAAAUUAUAGAUCAAUUAAGAAAAACUGAAGGUGCAAAUAUUCCUUUAUUUGCAAGAGAUUUAGCUGAUAAUACAGCAGAUCAAGGUCCAUCUUAUACUAUUAAUACAAAUUCAUCAGCAGGUGUUGGUCCAAAACCAUCUGCAUUCCCAGUGGCACAGAAUUCACAAAUGCCAAGUAUUAAUCCGACAUCAGAUAAUGUUACUUUAGAUAUAGACAUUCUUGAUAGUGAUAAUAUUGAAAUUAAUAAAACAACUGUUAAAGUCGAUAAUAGUAAGAAAACAGGUUUAGCAUCAUUACCACCUUGGUUAUUACCAACUGCAAAUAAAAGAAAAAUAUUACAACAACUAUCAACUAAUACACAAUCAACAGUUUCAGAACAACCAACAGCUAUCAGGGAUCCAUUAAAAUUUGACUCUGAAUUUUAUAUAAAUUAUAUUAAAAAUCAUUAUAAAGAAUGGGAAAGUUCACAAGAAGAAAAAGAAAUACUAUCAAACCCACCAUCGCCAAGUGAAGAACAUAUAGAUAAAAAAAUUAAAAUAAAUAAUUUUAAUGGUAAUAAUAAUAAUAAUAAUGACAAUAAUAAUUUAGAUGAUAUUUUAAUUAAAGUUGGUGAACAAUAUAAAUCAAUUACUGAUGUAACUGAAGAUGACCAAGAAGUAAUGUCCUCUCAAGAAUAUGAAGACUAUAGUAGUGCACUAUAUUCCUAUGUUUCAAAAAAUGUUUUUGAUAAUGCAAACUCCUUAAUGUCCUAAUAAUAAAAUAUAAAAAAAAUUGUAAAUAAAAUCCAAUAUUUAAAAAUAUAUAUUUUUAGAUC